CGCUAGCACUGCACAGCGAGCUGGUGGACAGCAGAGUCUGCCCUCGGCAGCCCGCUGCUCUCCCUAUGGCCGCUGCCGUACCUCUGAGGCAGACUGUCAGACGCACCAGACAGGACGGGAGGAGCUGGACCACGGGCUCGGGCUCCGGCGCUGCGCGCGCAGCCCCGCUGUCAGCGGAUCAAAUCCUCCUUCAGCUGUGCGAGCCGAGCCUUGCAGCGCAGCGCAGCGCGGGGGGCUGGCUCGGUUUUGACAGCGGUGCCCCGUCAGCUGCCUCCGAUUUUAUCCGUUCGGUCUGUUUCCGAGACUCUCGAUUCAGAGGGGGGGGGGAAUAAUAAAAAAAAAGAACCCGUCUACGCCGUUCAUUCUCGGAGGGGCAAAUGCUCGAAGAUCGAAUCCCGUUGGAAAAAUCAGAAAUUACGAUGCUGAAUGCAUUGCUGGACCAGGAAAAAAGCUACAAUACGCGAUGCCUAGUUAGGUCCACCUUUGGCUCUAUUGCAUUGUUCUGGAUCAGGACUGAAAUACUGCUAAGGCCAGUAUCAGCAGCCUGCCUCUAGGACAAUACGAGGAGAUCAUGAGCUCACUGACAAUCAGGACCUGAAGCGGAUUCCUGACAACUCAAGAGUCCAAGGAGGAAGUCAGCAGGAAGCUCCGACAAAUGGAGGACCUGUACAAGGAUGCGCAGCCCAACCUGCCACUGGACAUUGGCAGUCCCCAGAGCACCGUGGGCAGCAGUGGGGCGGCAGGAAGUGGGGGCAGUGGUGGCAAGCUGGAGAAUGGCAUGACCCAGCUCAUCACUGCCGAGGCCUGGAACAUUAAUCCCACCGGCCUCAUGAAGAAGGCCCUUUCGCCUCUGGUGGCUGUCCCUGCACCCCCCAUCGUCACGCCUCCCACGGAGUCCCCAGGGGGCGUGGCUCUCAAAGUGGCCGCCACUGUCCUCCAGCCCAUCUGCCUUGGGGACAGCCCAGUGGUGCUACCCAUCCACCUCCAGGUGGCUGGCAGCGCCACUCCGCAGGUUACCCCAGCGGGGAACACACCCUAUGUCAUGACCAACCAAGGGCCAGUCCCCCUUCCUCUAGUCCUGGAGCAGCAGGUGUUUCAGCAUUUGAACUCUCCGGUGCUGUCGCAAGGUGCCCCUUGCCCCGCCAUAUCUUUGCAAAACAACAUGCUCUGCCAGAACUCCUCCCUGUCCUUUAAUCAGCCUCAGCCGAUCGAUCAAAAGCCUUCUGGUCAACCGCAGGAGCCUGGCAUCCUGCCUCUACUCCAGAACCCAGGAUUUGCCGCCAUCCUUCAGGACCUCUUCCCAACCCAGAACAACCUCAACUCAUCUCCUUGUCACUCUGCAGCAUCCGCCCCUACGGACCCCUUCUCAUCAAACUUUUUCCCACCGCCUCCACCACCUUCUCAGGCGUACAGCUUCCCACUGUCUCCCUUGGUCCCCCCAGCCACUCUGCUGGUCCCCUACCCUGUCAUUGUCCCCCUCCCUGUGCCUCUUCCCAUCCCCAUUCCAGUUCCAAUUCCCAUUCCACAGAAUAGUGAGUCUAAAGGAUUCACAGGCCCACCUAAACAAGCUUGCACUUUGAGCAAAAGUACCCAGACGGCCACAAAGGAGAGCUUAAGCCCCCUUACGCUUCAAAACAGGGACUUUUCCUCCAACCAUUCCCAGCUAGCUUCUCCAUCUCUACAACCUGGCGAUGUAGAAGUAUUGGACCUUUCAAUGAAAUCCAUGCCACUUCAAACCAAACAGGAAAUCCAUUUUCAACAAGACAGCGUUCUUGAUUUGUCAGUGACCAGCAUACGGAAACAAUGUUUCCAAACAGCUCUUCUAGAUCCCAGCAGGGACCUUCCCAGGGAUGGUUUAGAACAUCCAUCUCACCCUCGUGAAGAUACAACAAGCACUGCCUUAUCUUUAGAGGUCUCUCACCCCGUAGAGGGAACGCAAAAACUGGACUCAAAAAUGCUCAACAGCCUGGCUUCUCUGGAAUUCAGCCGACAGCACAAGUGGGUGAUGGACCCCGGCACCACCAGGCCGGGAUGUGAACCGAAGUGUAGCAGUGGCAACAUUGAAAUUGUCAGCACCUCGCAGACAGCCAAGGUCAUUGUGUCGGUCAAAGACGCUGUCCCUGCCAUCUUCUGUGGCAAGAUCAAAGGUCUCUCCGGCGUAUCCACCAAAAACUUCUCCUUCAAACGGGACAGCACCCAGGAAUCCAUGCUGCAGCAGUGCUACGACGCCAAGAACCAGGCUGAGCAGAGAGAUGCAAACGACCCCCUGAAAAAGUCUCUGAAAAACAGAAGCAUCAAAUUAAAGAAAAUGAACUCCCAGGAGAUACAUAUCCUCCCCAUUAAAAAGCAGCGCUUGGCUGCAUUUUUCCCAAGAAAAUAAGGUUCCCAGUACAUGGUAGAGAGGGGAUGGUAGACUUCACUUUAACAACUGGGUCUCGUUCAUAUUUGAACAUAAAACACGUUGGGAGGUUCCCCAAGCAUUGUGAAAUGGCCCUCUACUGUUCCGAACAAAUUAAGGAAAGUCAAGUCAGCUUCUUUGUUUGGUUUGCAAGCACUUUACUGGUCUUUGUAAAUUUUUGAUUAUCAAAUGUUUUAGUAAGAAAUGUCACAAAUAAAAACCUUGACUACUCCUCACUGCAGUCAAAUAUAAUUUCAUGGGUUAAUUUGUAUUGAUGCUUUAUAAAUAUUCAGACCUUUGCUGACAUACCAUGAAUAUGCAUUUGUUCGAUCAAGCACAAUAAACUCUGCACCCUUAUUCGGAUUCUCUCAUUCAGUCCAAUUAAUAUUCAUGAGGCUGACAUUGAGAGAGCUUAACCCUUUCGAGUGAGGGGUGCUGAAGGUACCCAUUAGAUAUUUUGAGUAAAAUUCAUUUGGAUUUUGUCUUUCGUUCAUUUUACGAGAAGCCACCAAUACUGUUAAUUCUUUUAAUUCAAUUGUAUUAUAGGGUGUUUCAAAAUGCUGUCCCAACUAUUUCUGACUUCCUGUUCAAAACAAGAUAAUUGGACAUUGCAUUUGACUGAACAAGUUAACUGAGACUUUACACAAGAAUGUCAUGUGUGUCUGUGGGGGAAAGCCCUAGCUCUUAAACCUGUCACAUCAAAAGGAAAUCAUGUUGCUUGUUCAUGAUUUACUCAACCACAUCAUCUUCUGCGAUGCAGAAAGAAAAUAAAUCUGACAACCAAUGUUUUGACAAAACUAAAAGAAGGCCCGCCUCAUAAUUAUACAAAAUGUUUGAGACGGUUGCCAUAACAUCUGCAAAGUAAAAUUUGGUCUAACUGAAUUGGCCAAUUAACACACAAAAAAAAACUUCAUUCAAAAGCAUGAGUGAGCGGCUAAUUUUUAAGCUAAAAUCAGGACAAAUGUUGUACUUUACCGUCCACUCAUUUGUCAGCAAAGGGAACUUGACAGGUUUCUAAACCAUGGCUCUGAUUAAUUUAGAAGUUCAAGAUAGCAAACAAUCGUAGAUUGCAAAUCCAGGGACCAAAGGCAGGUGUCUGGUAAACGAAAGGUGCUGUGCUUUGGAAGAGAUACUAAGAACUAAGGCCAUUUAUGAUCCCAUUUUUGAAAGAGUUCAAUCUGGCUGCCUUUGGAUUCACCCAGGGUUAGAUUUGUGAAGCAAUUUUUCACUGGAUCAUCCAGUUGGGGCUGCUCUGCAAGUGAUGAAGUGGUUCCCAUCCUACAUGUAAAGCACCUUGGGAUGAAUCAAUUAAAACUGGGUCUAUAAUUCGCAACCAACAGGUGGGUAGAAGCUUUGAUCUACUCUGGGCCCAUGUCCACAGGGCACCAGGUACACUUCUGCCUCAGUAGGAGGUCUGAGCUUCAGGGAGCUGUCACUGAACCACAUCAAAUCUAUGUCUCCCUUCAAAGGCCCACUUCAGUACCAUCAAUUCUGGAGACCUUCCUUUUGAAACUUGAGUCAUGCUGCAGAGCACCUUAGAAACAGUUCUAGUUGCUGCUGAACAUGCAGCCACUUACAUUUCACAGUUAUUUUUCUUGUGUGGAAGCUUUGAAACAUUGCACUGGACAUAAAACUGAAAGUAAUUUAAAAGGGGGCAAUUUAAUUGGAAGUGGAGCUGAAACAAUUUAAAAAGGCAUUUCCAUUUUGAGUAUACCCCAGUUGCUUAAAGUUUAUUAUAUAAUCUACUUUUAGUUGGUGUUUGUGAAAAUGACUCAAGAGUUGUAUGUUUGGUUAUUUUAGAAAUGUAUUUUGUUUGAUAGGCUCUAUUUAACGGCUUUUUUUAGUCAUGCCUGUUGUGUAUCUCUGUGUGUGCGUUCUAGAGUGAGUGUCGCUGGCUAAACCCGAUAAACUACUUUCAGUCUGCCAAGCAAACUUGUCAUUUUCACUUCCUAAUUUUUUUUUUGCGAUUCCUUUUAUCCCCUUGUUUUAAAGAUCGGAGCAAUUCAGGGAGUGCUGUUCCCCUGGGACAAAUUUGGGAGAGGAUGAAAGAAGCCAAUACAAAACUGUGUACUUGCGCAUAGACACGAAGUACACACUAACCAAUUCCGGCAGAACAGAAAUGACUUAAAAGUACUCAGCUGUGUAUUAUCUGAAAUUUUAAUAUUAAAUACAUUAGGCUCCUCUUAUUUUGUAGUUGCUAAGUUAUUUUAAUGUACAGUACAAACGCAUGCAGCUUCAGAGUAUUUAAUGCUAUUUAAUUUUCCUCAGAUAACGAGCUAGCAUGGCGUAAAGAUGACUACAAGGAAGUACUGUAUAGUUCGUUGUUCCGUCUAGAAGAACAAACUAUUUCAUAGCCUGUGAGUGCAAUACCAGCUAGAAUGUCUGUAUAAAGUUUUCUAUAUUGUACUAUUUAUGUUUUAGCAGGCUAUGUCCGUGAGAUCCGGGAUGUACAGGAUACCAUAUUUAUAGAAAAACAAUUUUGUGAGGACACACGUAGGCCAAAGGUGUCUCGACAAAGAAGGAAAUAAAAUGGCCAGUGGACCUGACCUCACUGUCUUAUUUGGAGGCUUCUAUCCCUUUUGCUUUGCAAAGUACUGAGCUAAGGCGUGACUUCAUAAGCUCAAUAGUAAAAUCAGUGGAGUAUAAGAAGACAGUCUUGCGGCAACCAUUUUGAAGUAGUGCUCUUCAGUGUGGCCUGCACUGAGCCCUGGUCUUUCCAGCAGUAAUUAAAUGUGUAUUCUGUCCAUGUCCUUGUGUUGUAGCCUGGUGUUGUGCAAGGCAGUGCCACAGCUGCAAGGAGGCAAAGAUGCCCUUGAACUCAGACUGAACUCUUAGAAAACGUGAUGAUCCGCUUUCUUCAAAUACAGUAGUUGUACCUGACCAUUACAACGUCCGCACAAGUCUGGUCCUCAACCCUGCAAAACAGGAUUGGUUCGUUAUGAAAGGGUAGGGGGUAUAUGUGAGAAAACAAUUCAGAUGGCAGAUCCUGUUGUGCCACAGUAUCGAUAUUACAUCACAACUUUUCUCAUGAUCUUCCAGCAAUCCAGUCCAAAAAGAAAGGUAGCCUUCUCCAAGUAGUACUUGAUCAUUUCCAAUAGAAUGAAACGUGUGAAGGCUUCGUUAUCAAUGAGGACUGGAGGAUGUCCCGCUGUAUAAGAUUUGGAGCGAAACCGCCCACUGUCAUGACUGGAGGAAGGGAAACAUUAUCGCAGGUCUUGUCGACAUGACUCCUACCUAUAUAAAGUGUUUUUAUGGGAUUAUAAAAUUCAAUUCUUCUAGAAAGGCAUUACUAAAAAACAUGUGGCACUGCCUUUAAAAUGUGAAACUGCUUAUUACUUGUUUGUGGAUGACUUUUUUUUUUGCAAGACUGGACAUGUAGAAAUCUAUACAACUGCAACAGAGCUGCAAUGUAUUUGAAGACAGGUGAGGGAUGGAACAUGCAGCAGUGGGUGACUUCGUGGUUUAAACCACAAAUCAGUACUGUUAAUGUUAAAGCCAGAGAUACCCUUGCUGAUUUAUGACAUGUCAAAGGCAAAGAUUUUGUAAGCAUUUGUGUACUGAAUGAUUUUAUACUAGCAACCAUCUGAUGGUUCACACACUUUUUUUAAACAAUGCAAUUGGACGAGCUAUGUGAAAGAAAAUAAAAAGGUUCUGCAGUA